AUGAAUUUUGAUUUAAAACAAGUGGGUGUAUUUCGUCGAAAUAAAAAGCAUAAGGAGGCCAUCGAAGAUCCUAUAGAGGAUGAACAAGAUGAUUACGAUGCUUCUGAAUUUGAAGAUGACGAGAAAGAGGUGUCUGUGAAGGUUAAGAACAGAAGACCAAGAGAAGAUAACUUUACACAACAGAGAAUUAAGGCAUUCAAUCCAAUCAUCACUCCAAAAACUGUAAUACCGUUGUACUUAUUCAUUGCUGUGAUUUUCAUCAUUGUAGGAGGUGUUGCUCUUGGGGUUUCGUCAAGAAUCAAUGAGCUCACAUUAUAUUAUCAAGACUGUGUAACUGCAGCUCCAAGUGAUGGUACUUGGUCAGAUAUGCCAAGUGACCAUUACAUUUCAGACUUCAAAAACAAUAAAACAGUAAGUGUUAGUCCUCAGUGGAGGUUCGUUGACGACACUACAGAUGAUGCAGAUGAAAGAGGUACUUGUCAAAUAAGAUUUAAUGUUCCGUACAGGAUUCCAAAACCUGUAUACAUAAAUUAUCUAAUAGAAAAUUUCUACCCAAACCAUAGACGUUAUGUCUUAUCAUUCAGUGAAGAUCAACUAAGAGGUAAAGCUGCCUCUUACGAAGAUGUCCACGACAACACAGGUAUUAAUUGCAAACCAUUAGUUCGUAACGAAGAAGGUAAGAUAUAUUACCCAUGUGGUAUUAUCGCAAACUCUAUGUUUAACGAUACUUUCCCAUUCGAAUUAAUCAAUGUAGAUGAUACUUCGAGCAAUUACACUUUAAUCAACACUGGUAUCAACUGGCGUACUGACAGAAAAAGGUUCAAAAAGACUAAAUAUACUGCCGCUGAUAUUGCUCCACCACCAUAUUGGGAAAAACAAUAUCCAGAUGGUUACAAUGAUACUAAUAUUCCAGAUGUUCAAACUUGGGAAGAGUUCCAAAAUUGGAUGAGACCAGCAGCCUUCCAAAAGUUUGCUAAAUUAAUACGUCGUAAUGAAAAUGACACACUAGAGGUUGGUACUUAUCAAAUAGAUAUUGGGUUACAUUGGCCAGUGACAGAAUUCAAGGGAAAGAAAGCGGUAUAUAUCACUCACGGUUCUCCAAUCGGUGGUAAAAAUCCAUUUUUAGGAAUUAUCUAUCUAAUAGGCGGUUUAAUAUGUGUCGCAAUGGCAAUAAUAGUGUUUGUAUUCUGGAUUUUCUUUGGUAGAAAAGUUGCGGAUCCUAAUGCAUUAUCUUGGAAAAAAAAAUCUAAUCUGAUUUCUUAA